AUGAGCAACAAAACAGGCUCCAAUGGGAGUAUGGGCAACUCCAGUAAUCCUCGCCCCGGACAAUCUCCAUUCCCGCCUUCCACUGCCCUGGUCCGCCAAACGCCACCAGGUUCGCAGCAGAGCCAACCAUAUACGAGCUCAUACAGCAACAACUUUGAUCGGAGCAGCGCCAGAUAUAGUACGGGCAGAACUGAUGAGAGCUCGCGCUACAGUCAGGAGACCACAGAACCUCCGAAGCUUUCUCGGUCACCCCCGUCACGCCGGGAACAAAAGAAGCCCGAACCAAAUAAGAACUGGGAGGACAGCAUCUACGGAAUGUACGGUGAUAUAAAAACACCCAGAGAGCCGCCACUUCCACCGCCGAGGCAACAGCAGCAGCAGCAACGCCGCCGAUAUGAGCAGCCAGAAGAUGAUGAAGGAAAUAAUUCCUUUGAUGAAGAGGUACCACGGCGACCUGAGCCGAGGCCAGAGCCUCAAAGAACACGCAAUAGCCGGCAGCGACAGAAUUCCAGACCAGAGCAGAGGCGCCAAAAUUCACGACAAGAUCAGCAAAGAAACGAGCAAGAUGAUAACAGAGAUGAAGACGGAUCGCGAAGAAGAGUGCACGUCAACAUCGAUAUUGGUGGCGACGGAAGUCGCUCCUGGUCAUGGACAUCCGACUCACGUGGGCCAAACACGGUCAACUUCGACAAUACUCCCUUUGUCGGCGGAGGCUUCCCCUUUGGUGGCCGAAAUAACAACGGCGGUAGGCUUCCCGUCAAUAUUCCCUUUGGCGGAGGACUUCCGAUCAAUCUUCCAUUCGGACUAUGA